CGAACGAGAGGAGAGAGAGAGAGAGGGAGAGAGGGAGGGGGAUUCGCUCAGCCCCCGGCAUCACAGCAGCAGCGGCAGCAGCAGUGGCAGCAGCAGUGGCAGUGCGUGUGUGUGAGAGGGAGAGAGAGAGAGUGUGUCCUGCUCGCUCGCUCGCUCUGGGCUGAGGAAGAAGAGGAGGAGGAGAAGGAGGAGGAAGAAGGGCGAGCUUCUGUUUUUCCCACUCAUUCCGGAUCCUCCAGUGUGGAUAAUGCUCCGGCUCUAUUCCCGCUCUCUCCACUUCUGACACCAAUUUUUUUCUGGGGGGAACAAAAUCCAGGAACGCUCUAUAACUGGACUUAUCGUGGACUGAGGACAACAUCUGGAUUGAUUGAUUGAUUUGAUUGAUUUGAUUGAUCGCCGAUCAGGAAAAAAAAAAGAAAAACGAGAAAAAAAAGAAAGAGAGAGAGAAAGAAAGAGAGUGUGGGAAUCAGGCGGACAGACGGACGAAAAAACGAAAGCCGGAUCCUCUGGGAUGUUGCUUGAAUGUUAAAGAGAGGCAGCGGCGGAGGCAGCAGCAGCACUGGUGGUGGCGGCGGCGGUGGAGUGUGUGUGUGAGAGAGUGUGUGAGAGUGUGUGUGUGUGCGUGAGACGUUAAUGGGACAGCGAGGACUCGGAGUGUGACUAGGAGCACAAAAAAGGCUGCACCGGAAACUGAAGGUGGACUAACUGAGACGCUUGAUCUGGAAGAAGGGGGCGGGUCUACCAAAUGAAUAGGAACAGACGCUGGAGGACCGGACGCUGGUGAUGUGGCCACAGUGAGUGAGGUUGGAGCUUCAACGUCCUGCAGAAAGACUCUCCAGAGAUUGAAUCUCCAUUUCCAGGCGUUUCCCGAGGACGGCCCUGAACGGAGACGGACAGUGCUGCGGCCGGCGGCGGACAGACGGUGGACAGGAUGUGGGAGGGGCUAAGGCUGCGAGUGUUGUUGUUGUGUCUGGGGGCCGUGUUGUGGAGCUCGGCCGUGGCGGCCAGGUCCAGAGGCCCUCAGGAUCGGGGCCACAGGCACCACCACCCUUCCAUCUACAGACACAGAGAGAGGCAUAAGGAGGGCCAGGUCCUCCACCGCUCCAAACGAGGAUGGGUGUGGAACCAGUUCUUCGUCAUUGAGGAAUACACAGGUCCGGACCCGGUACUGGUGGGAAGGCUCCAUUCGGACGUGGACAUGGGGGACGGCAACAUCAAAUACAUCCUCUCAGGAGAAGGAGCCGGAACUAUUUUUGUCAUCGAUGACAAAACUGGAAAUAUCCACGCCACCAAGACGCUGGACCGAGAGGAGCAGGCGGAGUACACGCUGACGGCCCAGGCGGUGGCGCGAGACACCAACAAGCCCCUGGAGCCUCCGUCAGAGUUCAUCGUGAAGGUGCAGGACAUCAACGAUAACCCACCGGUGUUCCUCCACGGACCGUACUACGCCAACGUGGCUGAAAUGUCUAAUGUUGGUACGUCAGUGAUACAGGUCACGGCGUCGGACGCAGACGACCCAACGUACGGGAACAGCGCUAAACUGGUCUACAGCAUCCUGCAGGGCCAGCCCUACUUCUCCAUCGAGCCACACUCAGGAAUCAUUCGGACCGCCCUGCCGAACAUGGACAGAGAAGCGAAGCAAGAGUAUGACGUGGUCAUCCAGGCCAAGGACAUGGGGGGUCACAUGGGUGGUCUGUCUGGAACGGCGCAGGUCAAAAUUACUCUUACCGACGUCAACGACAACCCACCUAAGUUUGCCCAGGGUGUGUACGCCAUGUCCAUCUCAGAGGACAAGGUCCCGGGAGAGGAGGUGGGACGUCUGAAGGCCAGGGACCCGGACCAGGCGGAGAACGGGAUGGUGGACUAUAACGUGCUGGAGGGAGACGGCAUGAACUUCUUCGAAAUCAGUAAAGACUCAGAAACCCAGGAGGCCGUUGUCAAGCUGAAGAAGCCCGUGGACUUCGAGACCAAGCGCUCGUACACGCUGAAGGUGGAGGCCACUAAUUCACACAUCGACCCCCGGUUCCUCAGCUGGGGGCCGUUUAAAGACACCACCAUCGUGAAGAUCUCGGUGGAGGAUGCGGACGAGCCCCCCACCUUCAUGGCGCCCAGUUACAACUUUGAGGUGGAGGAGAACGCUCCUGGAGGGACGCUGGUGGGACGGGUUCAUGCCAGAGACACGGACAUCGCUAACAACCCCAUCAGAUAUUUAAUCCCUCGCUACACAGACUUGGAGGAAUUCUUCACCAUCAGCCCCGAGGACGGCAUGAUAAAGACCACAAGGCAACUGGACCGCGAAAGCCAGGCUUGGCACAACAUCUCCGUCAGCGCUACAGAGAUUGGCGGACAUCACCAGGAUGCGAAGGUUCGCGUCAACAUCAAAGUCAAGGACGUGAACGACAACGCCCCCGAAUUCGCCACUCAGGAAGAAGUGUUCAUGUGUGAAAACGUCUCCCCCGGCACAAUUAUAAAGACGGUGAGCGCUGUGGAUAAGGAUGAAAUGGCACACCGCCAGCACUUCCACUUCAGCCUCGCCCCCAAGGUGGCAAACAACCUCAACUUCUCUCUGAAGGACAACAGAGACAGCACAGCCAACAUCAUGGUGAUCCGGCGGGGUUUCAGCAGGGUGGUGCAGGACAUCUACGAGCUCCCCAUAGAGAUCAAUGAUAAUGGAAUCCCCCCCAUGAGCAGCACCAACACCCUGCUGAUCCGGCUCUGUAGCUGCGACAGUAAAGGAACUUUCCUGUCCUGCAACGUGGAGCAUCUUGUCCUGCCGGCUGGACUCAGCACCGGGGCUCUGAUAGCCAUCCUCGCCUGCAUCGUCAUUCUGCUGGCGAUCGUGGUGCUCUUCGUGGCUCUCCGGCGGCAGAAGAAGGAGCCCCUGAUUGUGUUUGAGGAGGAGGACAUCCGCGAAAACAUCAUCACCUACGACGACGAGGGCGGUGGCGAGGAGGACACCGAAGCGUUCGACAUCGCCACUCUGCAGAACCCGGACGGCGCCAAUGGCUUCCUGCCACGCAAGGACAUCAAACCAGAGCUGCAGUGCUCCCUGAGGCCUGGAAUGAGGCCGGUGGCGAACAGCGUGGACGUGGACGAUUUCAUCAAAACCAGGAUUUCUGACGCGGACAACGACCCGACCGCCCCACCGUACGACUCCAUUCAGGUCUAUGGCUACGAAGGCAGAGGCUCCAUUGCGGGUUCCCUCAGCUCUCUGGAAUCGGUGACUACAGAUUCGGACCUGGACUACGACUACCUCCAGAGCUGGGGACCGCGCUUCAAAAGACUUGCCGACCUUUACGGCACCAAAGACUCGGCCGACGACAACUCCUAACGACCACUUUUGGGUUUUUUUGGUUCUUUUUCGAGGGUUUUCCUUUGUCGAUUCUUCUUACACCUUGCUCCCAUCACUUCCACUAACUAUGUGUACUGUGUGAAGUUUACUAUAAGUAUUCAACGAGUUCAUUUACUAUUUAUAGUAAACUUUUUUAGGUUGUUUCGUUCGCUUGUUACGAGUAUACGCAUCGGUAUACUGCAGAAACGGUAGAAGAUCAUUUCUUGUAGGGUACGAUUGGAAGAUCCGAAGAUCGGAAGUUGAAAGAGAUAGGAAUGGGUACAAAAUCAAAAAAUUUAAAAAGAAAGAAAUAAGAAAAACAAUGAUAAAAGGAAAACGUGAAUAAAAAAGAGACACCUCUGCGGGAUGUACGGAAGUUCAAAGAAAUGUGCGGCGAUGUCAUUUAAGAACAAAAAAGAAACGCAAUGUAUUUCACUUUCCUUGUUCGUAAGGUGGGUCACAGAAAGACGUGGAAAUGCUGAUACUGUGAAUGAGCUCACAACGGAGAAAAAACAGUUGCCUUAUUAUAAACGAAGAAAAAAAAAACACAAGAAAAAAAAAAAAAAAAGAAACAAUGUCAGCAAACUCAGACUUCUGUCUUGUCUCUUCUGUAGCGCCUCCUACUGGCCAUCGGAGGAUCUGCCCAAACAGGACAAAACAUCAUCGUCUAGUUCUUCUUCCUCUCGUUCUUUUAUUUGAUUUUCAUUUCAUUUUUUUGUUCUUCUUUUUUUUUAAAUAAAAAGACCCUGAAGUUGGAUCUAACAAAGGCAGACAAAAUACAAACAAUAGAACAAACAGACAAACAAACAAACAAACAAACAGACAGACAAAAGCCAACAAACAAACUUCCCCCGCUAACUUCUUCGGGCCGACGCCACCGGCGAACAAUCACAGAGAAAGACACGUGAGCUCAAAAAAAACGCCUUAAAUUCACGGACACUCUUGCAGCGCAGUGCAUUUUCUUUUUGUAACUUGAAAACUAUAUCCUAAAGCAAGCUAAAGUCCAUAUAACGUAUGUACAGAACAAAUGUGCAGAUAUGUCUCUUGAGGAUCAAACUUGCGCCUAUUGGUUCAUGUUAAAUUUUGUUUUUUUAUGAUUACUAUUAUUAUUAUUAUUAUUAUGAUUAUCAUUAUUAUUUUUUCAGUCUCUUCAUUUCUUCCUUUUCUUUAACGGCGUAUAUUAUUAUUAUUAUUCUCCCCUGUGAGAAAAAUAGCAAUCUGUCCUGUCGCAGUGAGAAACAGCUAAUUUCUAUGUCAAUUUUAUGGUAACUAUUUGUACAAUUUUGAAAGUUCUUAUUUUAGUAUACAUACGAAUAUCAGUAUUUCAACAUGUAAGAAACUGUUACAGCAUCACACUUAUAUUUUAUGAACAUUGUACUGUUGCUUUAUUAUGUGCUUCAAUCUACGAAGCGGAAAACUUUGAAAUAAAUGCUCUUUUUAUAAAAUAA